AUGUCUUUGUGUCGUCAUCCUAACACAUCUUCAAGCUCCUCUGAUCCCCCUGAAUGGUCGGAGUCACCAGAACCAUCAAGGCCCAGCAAACGCAAGCACAGGCAGUCCUCCAGUGACACCAGCACCAACGACCUCAUAAAUUCCAUAUCGUCAGGCUCUCGGAAGCACACAACAAGGAAACAUGAAGAUUCGAAAACAGAUGACACAGAGCUAUACCGAAAUGCAGGAAGGAAGGCUUUGAGCCUUCUGGAUACGUUCAGCAUACCUUCUGCAGCCUUCAAGACCGAAGCCACGGCUCGUGCAGUAGGAACCACCAGAAACCUUCCUUGUAUUAGGAAGGCCGACAAACUGUUCGCCCGACAGGUCUAUCUUGACCGGCAACAGCAGAACUAUCCCAGUCGUAACAGUUACAGACCUGAAGAUGUCACCAAUCGGCAUUUGUUACUGUACAAUGGCGUCAUCGACUAUGUUCCUGGUCUUGACAGCGAGCUCGACCACAUAUCAAGCAAAAAACUCAAUGUGAUCAUUGCAAUGGUAUCGAAGGGUAUGAGUGAUGGCAGAUCCGCAGAUCUGAGCUCUGUCAAGCACAAGGGCCUGCAAUACAUUGGGCUAAAUAUGUAUAGUAAGGCCGAUGCUCUUGACCUGCCAGUUCCAGAAAUCGAGGAUAAGUCAAUGCGUGGGCUCAAUCACCCGCAGUUGGCCUGUUUACUUUGCCCUCGGAAGAAAUUGGAUUGGUUUGAUGAGGAUCCUGAUUCCGCUAUGGCUGCCUUGCAAGCUGGCGAAAUCACCUUGACGGCACACAACUGGCCAACAUUCUUUUAUGAACACAACAUUUACAAUGCUGCUGAGAAGACACACGGCCUGUUUCGAAACCAUAUUGUUCUGAGGUUUUAUAAACAUCUUUUUAUUGGACCAUCAUCCAUCAUGAACGACUCAUCAAAUGUUCGCAACUCUGCGAAGCCAUCCAAAAAUUGUGCAUGGGGACUGACGGCUGUUAACAAAUACAUCAUCGCAUAUGUUCAUAUUAUCACAUACUUUACAAUCAGCAGCACGCAGCACUGGACACGGUGUAUCAGCGACAUGGACUUGGAUGAGCUCCUCUGGGCCAUCAUUGAAAUGCUAGACGACGAUGAUGAUCCAUGGGUCAAAGACACCCUUGCAUGGUGGAACAGGCACCUCAAACCAACCAAGGACAACUCGCACUCAGCCAAACUUAUGCGAAAGGAAAGCGAGGACGACAUCGCGCAGAUUCGUGCUUAG